AUGUCGAUAUUGUGGGUUCAUGCAAUUGAUUGGUUUGCAUCUCUUUAUUCUUUGGAAUAUAUAUAUGAUCAAUUCUUUUUGUGGAACCCCUCAACAGGAGUGUAUAGAAGAUUGCCAAACCCUGACAAUCAUUCUGGUAAGGAAUCUUAUGCUUAUGGUUUCGAUAAUGAUUCAAGCUAUGAUGAUAAGUGCAAAAUCUUGGAGGAGGAUGCCCGUGGAACUCUUCUUGAGCUAUGGAUCAUGAAGGAAUAUGGGGUGAGCCGGUUGGACAGCUUGAUUGUGGAGAAAUUGAUUAUCAUGGCAACUUAA